GCGACGUCCAGACGUCCUAAAGGCGCGCAAAUCCAUUCAAACUUCGCCUCCGACCGUAAUCGGUGAAUGUUUGAAAUACGGAUAAGCGUACGGGUAUUUGCUCCGCGCCGCACGUAAACAUCUUCAUAGAAAGUGUCACAUGCGUUGAUUUUUGUUUAAAUUAAGCUUAACGAUCUAUGAUUAGAAAAAUAACAAAAUUUUGAACUUAACUUUUUUUCUUUAAUUAUGUGUUUCGGGGUACUUUGGAAUUAUUUGUUUGGCAUUUUAGUAGCGCAUCAGGAAAAGCGCCAGCGGUGAAGUGUGGGAAAGUGAAAGUGGUUUGAAGUUGCAGGGCUGGCAUGGGCUGCUCUCCCAGCGCCCUGCUGGAGCAGAUCCACAAGGGCAGUUCGGCCAGCCUAGACAAAGUGGAAAAAUGCGGCGGCAUCAAAAAAUCUCCGCCGGUUACGAAUAGCGUGACUACGGCUACGGAUACGGUUGUGUCCGUUAACAGCAUCUCGAGAGGCCCCAGCAAGCAUGGAAAAUUACUCAGCAUGCCUUUCAAUCCAUUUCGGAGAGAACUUGGACGAGGCGUUUUGCAUCAUAGGAAAAGUUCUCUUGCUUUAACUCCCGAAGAGGAACCGUUUGAUAUAAAUCGAGGGCCAAACGAGACAAAAUAUGGACUGAUUUCACCUACACCUAAGCAUAAUUUAAAGCUACUUCUCGUAUUUGUUCAUCCGGAUCCAGUAUGCGACGCUUUCUCCAAAGCGGCAGACAAAUUGGGUUUCGAGAUAACGAUAAGCAGUACCAACCCUGGAGCUUUGGAAGAGUACAAUUCGAAGUUCCACGACUUGGUUUUGGUCGAUACUCGGGUGAAACAUUUCGACAACGAUCUACUAUGUCGAUCUAUUCGAAACACAAAAGGAAGUCAGCACAGCGUCAUUAUUUCCAUUGUGCGAAAAAGCGCUUUUGAACGGGACGAUAUAUCCAUAGCCUCAUUGUUAGAGUCAGGAUUCAACAGGUGUAUUUUAGAGUCGACUAAUGUUCUGGUGUGCGUAAACGAGUUGAUUUUGCUCAAACAUUGCGACAUGAGAACAAUAGCACAGCAUGCCACUUGCCAGGCAAUGUAUACGGCAUUGGACAAAUGCCGCGAUUUAGUUAUAGUCACUGAUGAUAGUUAUAAAUUCCAGUACAUCAAUGCAGCUUGCGAAAAACAGCUAGGCCUGAGGCAAGAAGAUACAUUAGGCAAAACCCUGCAAGAGCAAUUAGUGUACGAUACGGUGCAAAUAAAUACGAUGAGCUCGUCAUUAUUGAGGGGUCGAGAAUGGAGCGGUCCCAUGACAUUAAAAAGGAAAUCGACCCAAGAGGCUCUCGUGAGCUCGUGCAGAUCUGUACCAUUUUCUUGUGCCGGAAGACUACCAACCCAUUUCAUCCUGGUUUUCGAUCCAAACCCGAUAGAUCCAAACCUAUUGUCACAAUCCCGAGGAAGUAUUCAUUCUAUAAGAAGAGGAUCAACGGACGUCAGGAGUAUCAGUAGCGAUUAUUUAAGACGAACAUCUCUGGCCAAAUUGAAUGCGCUUCCAUUAGAAGCACCAAUUACUAAGGUGAUAGGCCUUAUCGAUCAAAUCAGAGAAAAUCUAGGAACCAAUACCCAAUUGAUACAGCUAAUUGAUAAAGUUGAAGACAUCUUAAAGUCUUCUGAACUCUACGUCUCGUAUGUAAAAGAAGACUAUAAAAUGAGAGUGGACGAACCUGUGGUGUCAGAUCUGAUAACUGCUCUUCUUUCUAAAACUCCACAACCUUCUAUAACAGCAUCUUCUAGAAGAAGCAGCAACGAUUCCUCUGUAUUUAGGCCUUCAAGAACCGGACUCAUAAAGGCUCCAGUCGCUUUGAGAGAACUUCUGGACUCGGCUCUGACGUGGGAAUUCGACAUAUUCAAACUAGAGGAUCUUUCGCGCAAACGACCUCUUCAACAUUUGGGCAUGAGCUUGUUCAAUCACUUCGAUGUCGGAACUACUUUGAAUUGUGACGACCGCACCCUUAGUAAUUGGUUGACCGUGAUCGAGGCCAACUAUCACGCCGAAAAUUGGUAUCACAAUUCGACGCACGCCGCUGAUGUUAUGCAGGCGACGGCCGGAUUUCUGGAAAAGGAACGCAUGAAAUCCAUAAUGGAGCCACUCGACGAAGCCACCAGCCUGAUUGCGGCUGCCUCGCACGAUUUGGAUCAUCCUGGAAAAUCCAGCGCCUUUUUGUCCAACUCGAACAAUCCCUUGGCCAUACUAUACAACGACGUGACGGUUUUGGAGCAGCAUCACGCCGCUAUGAUGUUCAAAUUAACAUUGGGCGACGAAAGGGUGAAUAUUUUCAAGAAUUUGGACAGGGACACGUACAAACUUGCCAGACACAAUGUCAUAGAUAUGAUCUUGGCUACGGAGAUGACUAAGCACUUUGAACAUUUGGCUAAAUUCGUUAAUGUGUUUUGUGCGAGGAAUUCAGGAACAUCGGAAAUGAUUGAUUCUGGGCACUCGGAAGACUAUUCGCCAAUUCUAAAUCAAGAAAAUACGACGCUGGUGAAACGGAUGAUGAUAAAGUGUGCGGACGUUUCGAAUCCUACGCGCCCUCUUCGUCUUUGUGUCGAGUGGGCUCGCAGGAUAGCCGAAGAAUACUUCCAGCAGACUGACGAUGAAAAAAGUCGUGGUCUCCCUGUGGUGAUGCCCAUGUUCGACAGACAAUCGUGCUCUGUGCCAAAGUCUCAGAUUGGUUUUGUCGAUUACAUUAUAAAUGAUAUGUUUGAAGCAUGGCACGCAUUCAUCGAUAUGCCAGAACUGUUGAGCUACAUGAGACAAAAUUAUAUAAGAUGGAAGGAGUUCGACGAGCAAGGCCACACAACCCUAAUCCACAUCCAAAAACUUCAAGCCACUCUUUUAUCACCUGCCGUAUCUUGCAUUUCAAAGUCUGACUAGCAUAAGUAUUCACGUCACAGCGUUGACAUCAGUGACCUACGACAUUAUCUUACUCAAAGGGCUAUGAACAUUAUACCUGACUAAUUAUUAGAGCAUAUCUUUUAUUGAAAAGAAAAAACCAAACAGAUCCCCUCCUAUAUACUUUUACUAUAUACCUAUUUCUUUUAUAAUAUUAUUAAAUAAUGUUUGUAGGUACUUACAUCUAUUUAUGUAACUAUUUUUAAUAAAAUAUUUAAAAAAAAAUAAAUAUUAAAUAUGCAUGCUGGCCGUGCAUCUCGUGUCUAUUUAUCAAUCUAUAUUCUUUGAGGGAUAUCUCAAUAAAAUGCACUAUAUCGAUGUGUUACUUUUUGUAAAAACUAUUGACGUUGUGUAAAUGUAAAUUGUUUUAUCUGGGAGUCUAAUAUAUGAUGUUUUUUUAUAA